AUGGCGCUAUCAUCUCCCACUGUCGCCGCUGGACCGGAUGAGCUGGUUCUUCCGAGCCAGGACCCAUGGUAUACAGCCUUGCCUGGCUUUGAAGCGUGUAGCCCAGGAACUGUGCUCCGGGUCCGCACCUUGCCGGGAAGUUCUAUCCCUUUCGAUCAUACCUCAAAAGCCUAUCACAUUUUGUACCGUACUACUGGCUCGCGAUACCAGCCCGCCUGGGCAGUGGCGUCAUUAUUUAUCCCCGAAAACCCCUAUACUCUGCCCUCGAGACAUAAUGUCUUACUGUCUUGCCAGGCUGCAUAUAACUCGGCGAAUGUCGACUGGAGCCCCUCGUACCGGCUUUUCCAACCUGCACCCGCAAGUUCGCAUGGAAUUCCCACUGGCCACGACAGGUUCAAUAAGAUGCUGAGCCGUGGCUGGUACGUUGUCGUGCCCGAUUUCGAAGGGCCCCGUGCUGCCUUUGGAGCAUCUGUUUUGGCUGGCCAUGCCACCCUCGAUGGUAUUCGCGCUGUGCUUUCGUUGAUAAGCAACGACGAUGUCUUGCUACCCAACGACGGGAGAUUCAAAUACGCAAUGUGGGGAUAUAGCGGCGGCUCCCUUGCUUCCGAAAAGGCUGCCGAAUUGCAAGUACAAUACGCUCCUGAACUUUCGGCAGGCCUAGUAGGUGCGGCACUAGGCGGUUUAGUAAGUAAUCUCGGAAAUACGUUCAACGUUGUCAAUAAGUCCCCUUAUACGGGGAACCUUAUCCUCGUCUUACUGGGUAUUAUGAACGAAUACCCCGACGCUGAUGCCUACAUACGUAGCCGUCUUCGAACCGACGGUUCCCACAACGCUACCGGCUUCCUUGAGGGCCUUGACAUGCAAUCAUUACAAGCUUUCCGUGCUUUCGCAAACCAGGAUAUUUACGCCUAUUUCAAGAAUGGUCAGGCUGAUCUCAAGGAGUCGAAAGUCUUGCGCAGGAUUGAAAAGGUUGAAUGGAUGCUUGGUUUCCACGGUACACCGGAGAUUCCGCUCUUUGUUUAUAAAGCGAUUGGGGACCAUAUGACGCCUAUUGCCGAUACGGACGAGCAUAUUGCUCAGUAUAAACGGUUUAACGUAUCCAUAUUGUACGAGCGUAACACGGUUGGCGACCAUAUUUCCGAGAUCGAGAACGGUCAAGAGCGUGCGAUAGAGUGGUUGGCUAGUGUUUUUGAUGGCACUUACGACGGUCUAGACCAAGGUGUACGGAUUCGCGAUGUCGCCGUGGACAUCUAUAAACCUCCUGUUGCCUAA